GGUUCUGGUCAUAGUGAUGAUAGGCUGGGAUUAGACGAGCCAAGACUAACUCGGCGAUCGAAUUCAGAGACGACAAACGACGCACAACAAUGCGUUCUCGUGGUUCAAGUACACAGCAGUGGGCCACCAAUACCACCGAUACUGUACAAGUUCCCCUAGUCACAGACUCAUGAAUAAAGAACAGAGCAAAGCAUCAAUUGGUAUGCGCAACCUGUUCGAUCUCGACGGAAGCAGUUCAACGUCUAGGAAUCCAAAAGUGCUGGUGGGCUUCCGGGAGGCGAUAGAUACGGCGUCUUUGUCAUACCAUGACAGUCUCGUGAUCGAGGGCUCCACACAUUCGAUAAAAUUUCGAGAGGUUAGGUUCAAUAUCCGGUUGAGGGUUCCUCGAAAACUCGCUUGGACAAUUAGUUGAAUGGGGAAUGGCUGAUGCGUUUGUGCUGUUGUCACGUGAAGGAAUAACACGUGAUGCGUACAGGGUACGUGACCUUUCCACGUGCCACAAACUUGACCAUGACAUUUAGUUCUGUCUCACUUCAGGUU